AUGCAGCGAUUAACACGAUUAACACGAUUACCGGUGAUGGCACUGCCAUCGCCGUGGGCUCUGCAACGUCGCUCGCUGUGGAAUCUACCAGCAGCAAGGAACCAACGUCUCCUGACAACCACAUUGACGGUCGGUGGCGGCAUUUUGGCCACGAUGGUAUUAGGACCUAUCGUGCUUGUGGCCGCAGGCGGCAUUGCUUCUGUGAUGGCAUGGAAAAUGUGGCGCUUACGACGUCAGAUUCAACAACAAGGAUUAGGUCCCUUGUUCGCGGAAGCGUUUUCUCCUCGAAUGUUCAGCCACACUUUGCACAGUGACCCUGCGCAUAUCCAAGAGCAAGCAUUACAAAAGAUCCGGUUCUGGGCUGAAACAGAGGCUGGCCAACGCUGGUUACGUCAACAACACAUGGAUGCCGCUUCUUUAAGUGCAUUACCUGUAACAUCGAUGUCCAGUUAUAGUGAAGCGAGUUCGAUAGGAGGACGCAAGUCUUGCGCGAAAUAUAUGACGAUUGAAUUCAACGUGGUGGAUGCGCAAAGUGGACGAAACGCUUCGGCGGCGCAAGUGACAGCGAUGAUCAGCCCAGAGGGCGUGAUUCAAUUGCAAGAUAUUCGAUUACUUGGGCGUGGAGACGAAGUGACCUUACCGCUCAAUGAUCCGAUCCGCAAAGGAAAUGUCAUUGAAGGUGAAUUCCGUGAUAUUCCAUGA